CAUUCAGUUUGUAUUCUACUUUCCUACGAGACACAACUAUUUUUUACUUAAAAAAAAAACCUGAUCAAGUUCUAUACUAUCAGCUCAAACAACAUUCUUACAUUCUUCUUUGAAAUUUUCGUGCGAUAAACUUAAAUUCCGAUUCUUUUUCUUGCCUUAAGAUACGUUACGAAAUGAGCACUUUGGAACUGAACGCUAGUGAGCAGGGCGUUGGAAGCCCGAAGCCAAGGACCGCGUCUGAGGAAUCGAUCGGCGAUGUCGGUUCGCCGUCUGAUAAUUUUGACGACUUCGAUGGUUGCGAUAUAUUGGCUGCCCAGGGCAAAGACACCACUUCCGGCUACAUCAACUUUCUGAGGGAUUUCAUAAGCCGCUAUGGCGAUUUGUACACAUGCCAGGCGUUGACAAUUAAAGCUAAGGAGCGAUGGAACAACAUGUCCUUCCGCCACCGGUGUGAUUACAGUGUGGACCCAGUUAAAAUUGUAUGUAGACGCGAUGACGAUGGCAGUGAGAGCAGCAUUUCCAACUAUCUGGACAGUGAGGAGAAAAGAGUGGAAGCCUUUGCUCCCGUGGACAAUUUCUUCGGCGCCCGCAACGUAACCGGCGGCAGCGAUAAUAUGUGUCCCAAAAAGCGGGCCCCUAAGUGCGGCAAACCCAAGAAGAGUUGCGCCAAGCCGAGGCGCAUGAAGAGCUGCGCCAAACCGAAGCCAAAGUGCAGGGCCGCCUGUCCCAAGCGCAGAACGAAGGCUGCCUGUGCCAGGCCCAGGAAGAGUUGCCCCGCUGCGAAGCAGAGGUGCCCUAAGCCCAAGCCAAGAUGCUCCAAGCCCAAGCAGACGUGCCCCAUGUAAUCGUGGAUCCCAACGUCCCGCCCCAUGACCCCCUCCCCCCUUUAGGCCAUCUUUCCAAGACCAGAGAUCAGACCAAAAAUUAAGAAUGCUUGUUGGCAGCGCUGGAGUCUUUGAAGUUGGAUAACCUCCAGGGAACCAGGACCUCGAGGUAGCGGAGCCCCAGUGAUUCCCCCCGCUAGGAGGCUUUCACAGAACGGAGGAACGUGGUUCUCGUGCCGGGAAGGCCCAAGUCUGGAUUCUCAAGGCCAUCACAUCAAGCAAAUGUAUUUUCGGACAAUAAAGGUGUAGUCUGAUCGAAA